AAGUGGAGAAGUUCUCACAAUUAAGGUGGGGAAUGAGGACAGCUACGGACAGGCACAUAAAUACACAGAAAGGCAGCUCUGUGUGCACACUGUGGGCUCUGGGACUGAGACAACACCUCCUGCUCCGACCUUGGCUUGGACUAAAGAGCUUCCUGCAGCAUGAGGGCUACAGGUGCCUUAGUGCUUCUCAGCCUGCUGCUGCUCUCUUUCUUCACGGUUCCAUAUGUAGCAGGUCAAGAGAUUGAAGAGAUCUGUAGAGAGUUUGUAAACAGAAGUGUGUUCUGCACGAGGGAGUCCAACCCUCACUGCGGCACGGAUGGCGUCACGUAUGGGAACAAGUGUGCCUUCUGCAAGGCAGUGCUGAGAAGUGGAGGGAAAAUAAGAUUGAAGCACCUGGGGAAAUGCUGAGUCCUCCCUGGACUGAGCAGCAGGAGCUGAGCUGCCCUCGACCACGGACAUGGGAGCAGCCUGUCCUCCCUCU